AUGUUCCUAGGGAUUAGAAACGAUGAAGCAACACGGUGUGGUCUUUAUUCUCAAAUUGUAGGGUUUUGCCUAGAGCAAUAUAAUGAAAAAGAAUUACAUGUUAACCUUCUGGGUUUAAAUCCCCGUAUGCAAACUCAUGCAACUCUAUGUUCAAGUGCAGUAAAGAAACAAGACAAGAAACAGUGGAAAAGGAAUGCUGAUAAGAGCGGUUCAAACUGUGAGACGCUGGAAAAUAAUUUUGAUGACAUCAAGCAUACGACUCUUAGUGAACGUGGGGCACUUCGAGAAGCAAUGAGGUGCUUAAAGUGUGCAGAUGCCCCCUGUCAGAAGAGCUGCCCAACUAAUCUAGACAUCAAGUCAUUUAUCACAAGUAUUGCAAACAAGAACUAUUACGGAGCUGCCAAAAUGAUUCUUUCUGACAACCCACUGGGCCUGACAUGCGGAAUGGUUUGUCCAACCUCAGAUCUUUGUGUAGGUGGAUGCAAUUUAUAUGCUACAGAGGAGGGACCAAUUAAUAUUGGUGGAUUGCAGCAGUUUGCUACUGAGGUGUUCAAAGCUAUGAAUAUUCCUCAGAUUAGAAGCCCUUCCUUACCUCCCCCAGCAGAGAUACCUGAAGCCUACCAUGCAAAGAUAGCUCUCUUUGGUGCUGGGCCUGCAAGUAUAAGUUGUGCUUCUUUUUUGGCUCGAUUAGGUUACUCAGACAUCACCAUAUUUGAAAAACAGGAAUACAUUGGCGGCUUAAGUACGUCUGAAAUCCCUCAAUUCCGGUUGCCAUAUGAUGUUGUGAAUUUUGAAGCUGAGCUUAUGAAGAACCUUGGAGUGAAGAUAGUUUGUAGUAAAGGCCUUGGAAUAGAAGGAAUGACAAUCAACACCUUGAAGGAAGAUGGCUACAAAGCAGUCUUUAUUGGAAUAGGUUUACCAGAACCAAACAAAGAUGGUAUAUUCCAAGGACUGAGAAUGGACCAAGGUUUCUACACAUCUAAAGAUUUUCUACCACUGGUAGCAAUGGCAAGUAAACCAGGAAUGUGUGCCUGUCACUCUCCAUUGCCAUUGAUACAGGGAACUGUAAUUGUACUUGGAGCAGGAGACACUGCUUUUGAUUGUGCAACAUCUGCUUUACGCUGUGGAGCUCGCCGUGUAUUUGUGGUCUUCAGAAAGGGAUUCACUAAUAUCAGGGCUGUCCCUGAGGAGAUGGAACUUGCAAAAGAAGAAAAGUGUGAAUUUCUGCCUUUCCUCUCACCUCGGAAGGUUGUAGUGAAAGGUGGACGAAUUGUUGCUAUGGAAUUUGUUCGAACUGAGCAAGCUGAAGCUGGACACUGGAUUGAAGAUGAGGAUCAGAUUGUCCGUUUGAAGACAGAUGUGGUGAUCAGUGCCUUUGGUUCAGUUUUAGGUGACUCUAAAGUAAAAGAAGCCAUGAAUCCUAUCCAGUUUAAUAGAUGGGGUCUUCCUGAAGUGGAUCCAGAGACCAUGCAAACCAGUGAACCGUGGGUUUUUGCCGGUGGUGACAUUGGAGGUUUAGCUAACACUACAGUGGAAUCAGUGAACGAUGGAAAACAAGCUUCCUGGUAUAUGCACAGAUACAUACAGUCUUUAUACGGUGCUGCAGUUUCUACUACUCCAGAAUUACCUCUCUUCUAUACUCCUAUUGAUUUGGUAGACAUCAGUGUAGAAGUGGCUGGACUGAAGUUUCCAAAUCCCUUUGGUCUUGCCAGUGCAACUCCAACUACUAGUUCCCCAAUGAUUCGAAGAGCAUUUGAAGCAGGAUGGGGAUUUGCUCUGACCAAAACAUUCUCCCUCGAUAAGGACAUUGUAACCAAUGUUUCUCCAAGAAUUAUACGUGGAGUUACAUCAGGCCCCAUAUAUGGCCCAGGUCAAGGCUCUUUCCUAAAUAUUGAGCUUAUCAGCGAGAAAACUGCAGAAUAUUGGUGUAAAAGUGUCACUGAACUGAAGGCUGACUUUCCCAACCGAAUUGUAAUUGCCAGUAUCAUGUGCAGCUACAACAAGGAUGACUGGACUGAACUUUCAAAAAUGGCUGAGGCUUCCGGUGCAGAUGCCCUGGAGUUAAAUUUAUCAUGUCCUCAUGGCAUGGGGGAGAGAGGCAUGGGCCUGGCCUGUGGGCAGAAUCCAGAGCUAGUCCGAAACAUCUGUCGCUGGGUUAGACAAGCUGUUCAGAUUCCUUUCUUUGCAAAGCUGACCCCAAAUGUCACUGAUAUUGUGAAUAUUGCAGUGGCUGCCCAGGAAGGUGGUGCAGAUGGUGUUACAGCCAUGAACACUGUGUCAGGACUGAUGGGACUAAACGCAGACUGCACACCUUGGCCUGCAGUUGGUGGAGAAAAGAAGACCACGUAUGGUGGCGUGUCUGGAAGUGCUAUUAGGCCCAUAGCCCUGCGAGCAGUAUCUGCUAUAGCUCAUGCUCUUCCAGGAUUUCCCAUCUUAGCAACUGGAGGAAUUGAUUCAGCUGAGAGUGGGUUGCAAUUUCUCCACAGUGGUGCUUCUGUUCUACAGGUGUGCAGUGCAGUACAGAAUCAAGAUUUCACUGUGAUUGAGGACUACUGCACAGGACUGAGAGCCCUACUUUAUCUGAAAAGCAUUGAGGAGCUUCAAGACUGGGAUGGACAGAGUCCUGCAACCAUGUGCCAUCAGAAAGGAAAACCAGUACCCAAAAUUGCUGAUCUGAUUGGAAAGAAACUGCCUAGUUUUGGACCUUACCUUGAGCAGCGCAAAAAGAUAAUAGCCGAGAACAAGAUUAAACUGAAGCAGCAUACCACAACUGUUGUACUGCCUGAGAAAAAGCAUUUUAUUCCCAAGAAGCCCAUUCCAGCAGUCAAGGAUGUAAUUGGAAAAGCACUGCAGUACAUUGGAACAUAUGGUGAUCUUAGCAACACAGAGCAAGUUGUGGCUCUGAUUGACAAGGAAAUGUGCAUCAACUGUGGCAAAUGCUACAUGACCUGUAAUGAUUCUGGCUACCAGGCUAUACAGUUUGAUCCAGAAACCCACCUGCCCACUGUUACUGACAGUUGUACAGGAUGCAAUCUCUGUCUCAGUGUCUGCCCUAUUAUUGACUGCAUCAGAAUGGUUUCCAGGACAACACCUUAUGAACCAAAGAGAGGCCUGCCCUUAGCUGUGAACCCAAUGUGUUGA